AAAAAAAAUCACGUGAUAUGACUUCCGCAUCUCGACAUGCAACGUCAGACUUUCUUUAGCUAAAUCUAAACUGAUUCUUGUAAUCUUUUUAAAAGUUGUUUGGAUUUUUAAUUUUAUUUAGUUUGGGGCGAGUAGUCGUCAUGUCUUUUCUGAGACUUGGAAGCUUCCUGCUGCUGCUCAAUGGACUCUCAAUCUCCGCCUCCCGUUCCUUCAGCGUGGACUACGAGAACGACUGUUUUCGCAAAGAUGGGGAACCAUUUCGCUACAUCUCGGGCAGUAUCCAUUACAGCAGGAUCCCCAGGGCCUACUGGAAGGACAGGCUACUCAAAAUGUACAUGGCGGGCCUGAACGCCAUUCAGACGUACAUUCCCUGGAACUUCCACGAGGAGUCUCCGGGUCAAUACAAUUUCAGCGGGGACAGAGAUUUGGAACAUUUCCUUCAGUUGACUCAGGAUAUCGGACUACUCGUUAUCCUACGACCAGGCCCGUACAUUUGUGCUGAGUGGGACAUGGGUGGGCUGCCUGCCUGGCUUCUCCAGAAGAAAGACAUUGUACUGCGGUCUUCAGAUCCAGACUACAUAGCAGCGGUGGAUAGCUGGAUGGGGAAGCUCCUGUCAACGGUGAAGCCUUACCUCUAUCAGAACGGCGGCCCCAUCAUCAGCGUGCAGGUAGAGAACGAGUACGGCAGCUACUUUGCCUGCGAUCACAACUACAUGCGCCACCUCUCCAAGCUCAUGCGCUCCUACCUCGGCGAGGAGACCGUGCUCUUCACCACCGACGGCGGCGCGCUCGGCUUCCUCAAGUGUGGCCCUAUUCAAGGCGUCUACGCCACCGUCGAUUUUGGCCCGGGUGCUAAUGUGUCCGCAGCAUUUGACGUGCAACGAUACGCUGAACCUCGCGGACCUUUGGUGAACUCUGAAUACUACACUGGUUGGUUGGAUGUGUGGGGCUCACCUCACUCCGUUGUGUCGACCACUAAAGUGGCCAAGACCCUCAAUGAGAUGCUGGCCAUGGGGGCAAAUGUCAACAUGUACAUGUUUACAGGAGGGACCAACUUUGGAUACUGGAAUGGUGCCCUUGCGCCGUACAGUUCCCAGCCUACCAGCUACGACUAUGACGCUCCGCUCACUGAGGCAGGAGACCUCACGGAGAAGUACUUUUCCAUCCGAGAGGUGAUCAAAAUGUACCGCAAGAUACCGGACGGGAUAAUACCACCAUCAUCUCCAAAGUUUGCAUAUGGUGCUGUUAAAAUGAAUCUGCUACAAACCGUGUCAGAAGCUUUAGAGUCUCUCUCCUUCUCUGGCCCGGUGGUGAGCACCUUCCCCCAGACGUUCACUGACCUCAACCAGGUAUUUGGCUACAUGCUGUACAGGACUGAGCUACCGGUAGACUGCAGCACGCCCACGCCGCUUUCCUCGCCGCUGAACGGGGUCCAUGACCGAGCGUAUGUGUCGGUUAAUGGGAUGCCCGCCGGGAUUCUCGAAAGAAACAAAGUCCUGUCCAUUAAUGUGACAGGACAAGCCGGGAGUCGGGUGGACGUGCUGGUGGAGAACAUGGGCCGCAUCAACUAUGGAAAAAACAUCAACGAUUUCAAGGGCCUCAUAUCCAACCUGACUUUGGCCAAUGUUGUUUUAAAAAAAUGGACCAUGUACAGCCUCAGUAUCGACCAAGCCAUCAGCCAGGGUGUCUUCUGGGAAACAAACGCCAAAUCGGCCGACCCGCUUCCGCCCGCUUCACUGUCACUUCCUGCUUUCUACGGAGGAAGUUUCAUCAUUCCCGGUGGCAUUCCGGACCUGCCUCAGGAUACCUACAUCCACUUGCCCGGAUGGCGAAAGGGACAGGUUUGGAUCAACGGCUUUAAUCUGGGGCGCUACUGGCCUUCAAAGGGCCCUCAGGUGACACUUUUUGUGCCCGCGACCAUCCUCAGCAUCGACGCUUCCAACAACGUGACGGUCCUGGAGCUGGAAGCCGCUCCCUGCCUCUCGACCUCGUGCGCGGUGGAGUUUACCGCCACGCCUAUUCUGAACGGAACAGUGACGCAUCAGCCCACGCAGCGCUGGCCGAUGUUUACACGGGGAUUUGUUCAGACUUUAACGGAAGUAAACGCCUCUCCAUUUGCACUAUAACACAAACAACAGAUUGAUGGUAAAAAAAAUAAAAAAAUAUGCAGAAAUACUUGAUCACUUCAUGACACUUUCACAUGUUUUUAUAAAAUUAUUUUGCCAAAUGUUUCUUUUUCUUUUUUUUUAUUUUUUAGAAUUUGUGUUGAUAAUGCAAAUACAUAUCAGGGAAACACAUUUAUUUACCAAAAAAAUGUUGUAAGCUCAUUUGUGAAGGGUUUGAUUUUUAAUAAAAAUGUGAUUUUACACCAGCUUUA